AUUUGAUGUUCUGUGGUCUUCAACCAACAUAACCUUAGUUAUUGAUAUAAUUUAGUCUCUGGAAUUUAAUAUAUAAUAAAACAAAUAAUUCAUUACAUUACAAAAGAGUUACUUUAUUUGAGAAAAUACUUUGGAAUCGGGGGAUUUAUCAACUAGUAUGAUUUUCAGAACAGCCUAUUUGACAAAUAUUCAUUCUGUUUUCUUCAAGUCAAUGAGGCACAGUAUGAGAAUAGCCAGAAAAAUGCAAUCUCAAUCUGAGAGUCACAAAUCAAAAAUAAUGGCUCGCGGUCUACCGAAAAAAACACCAAUUGACGGAGUUAAAAAUAUUAUUCUUGUAUCUUCUGGCAAAGGGGGUGUAGGAAAGAGUACUAUAUCAGUAAAUCUAGCCUUAGCACUAAAACAUAUAAGGCCAACCAAAAAUGUUGGUUUGUUGGAUAGUGAUGUUUUUGGUCCCUCAAUUCCUUUGAUGAUGAAUCUUGCUGAAAUUCCUCAAAUCAAUGAUGAUAAAAUGAUUGAACCUUUACAGAAUUAUGGAAUUAAAUGUAUGUCAAUGGGAUUUUUAAUGGAGCCUGGGGCUCCUAUCAUAUGGAGAGGUCUAAUGGUAAUGCAAGCCUUGCAGAAAUUGAUGAGAGGAGUCAACUGGAAGGAGACAGAUUACCUUAUUGUUGAUACUCCACCAGGAACAGGGGAUACACAUUUAUCUCUCAUACAGAACCUUCCUAUAACUGGUGUCAUCCUUGUUACAACUCCACAAGUAGCCGCUUUACAGGUUACUGAGAGGGGAGCAAAUAUGCUCAAUAAAUUAUCUGUUCCAAUUAUUGGGAUAUUGGAAAAUAUGACUUCUACAGUUUGUCCGAACUGUUCGACAGAAAUUUCCCUUUUUGGAACAAAAACUAAAGAUCUGGCUAAUGCAAUAAAUUGUAUCAUUCUGGAAAGAUUACCUUUAGAAAAUUAUAUUUCAGAAAGUAAUGAUAGGGGAACUCCUAUUGUUAUUGAAAAUCCAGAUCAUCCUGUGUCUGCAUCUUUCAAAAGAUUAGCCAAAAAUGUUGUAGAUUUUUGUGACAAUAAAUCAAGAAUAACCCCAUAUUUUGUUAAUUUUUUCUUGAAAGUGUUGCCCUCGCGCUUUACUGACUCGGGCCUUCAGACCUUGCUGUUCGCUUAG